AUGGCGCUUUUUUAUAUAGCCAGUCUGGCUGUGACGGGCCUGGUGUUGCUUGUCCUCCGAUCUGUCUUGUAUAGCUGGAGAAUACAGCACAAACUACCUCCUGGUCCACCUGGUCUCCCUCUCAUUGGCAACAUCCACCAGAUCCCACCAGUGCGCGCGCAUCGAAAAUUCACCGAAUGGUCCAAAAUAUAUGGUGGCCUCUACAGCUUCCGCAUUGGCCCAGCCGUAGCCGCAGUAAUUACAGAUCGAAGUCUAGUCAAGGAACUGCUCGACAAACGCAGCGCUCUAUACAGCUCAAGGCCGAUCUCCUAUGUCGGACAGAACCUCAUAACCAGCGGCGACCAUCUCCUCGUUAUGGACAACAACGAAACCUGGCGGCUGUUCCGCAAGACAGUUCACCAGCAUUUCAAGGCGAGCAUGUGCGAGAAAGAGCACGUCAAGCUACUCGAAGCCGAGCACACACAGAUGAUGCGUGACUUUCUCCUUUAUCCAGAGAAGCACAUGCUACAUACAAAACGAACCACCAAUAGUAUAAUUAUGAGUCUACUGUAUGGGAUUCGUACCCCGUCGUGGGAUACGCCACAUAUGGAGGAACUCUACGAGAUCAUGGAGAAAUGGUCCAAGAUUAUGGAAACCGCCGCCACGCCGCCUGUCGAUAUCUUCCCGUGGCUGAAAUGGAUUCCACAGAAGUGGCUAGGCAACUGGGUAGAUCGGUCGGUAGAGGUGGGUAGCGGCAUGAAAGCGUUGUACGGAUCCUUCCGGCGACGGGCGAUCGAGGCACGACGACAGGCCGAGCAGGGCUUACAAAGCCGAGCUCGCACGUUCAUUGACCAUGUACUGGACCUACAGGAGAAGGAAAACCUCACUGACAAUCAGGUCAACUUCCUCGGUGGCGUGAUGAUGGAGGGUGGAUCUGACACCGGGUCCACGAUGCUCCUCGUGAUGAUCCAGGCGCUGGUGCAGCAUCCGGAAGUACAGGAACGUGCGCGUGCUGAGAUCGACGCUGUCUGUGGCGAAGAUAGAUCCCCGACAUGGGCGGAUUUCAGCCGUCUACCGUACAUCAACAUGAUCGUCAAAGAGACAAUGCGCUGGCGGCCAGUGACGCCACUAUCAUUCCCGCAUGCGCUCAGCCAAGAUGAUUGGGUCAAUGGGUAUCUCCUACCGAAGGGGACAACCGUCUUUCUGAACGUGUGGGGCCUCCACCACGACGAAAGCGUAUUCCUCAAUCCCGACCGAUUCGACCCCAGUCACUACGAAGGGCGAAAUAACCUGGCUUCGGACUACGCCGUUUCACCGGACUACAUGCAGCGGGACCACUUCAUCUACGGGGCUGGACGAAGGCUCUGCCCAGGGAUCCAUCUGUCAGAGCGUAGUAUGUUCCUUGGAGCUGCAAAGCUCCUCUGGGCAUUCCGGUUCGAGCCUGAGCUUGAUGAGUCGGGUACGCCAGUCGCCAUCGACACUGACCCGAUCACAGGGUACACCGAGGGGUUCCUUGUGUGUCCAAAGGCGUACAAGUGUAAAGUCUCUCCUCGCUCUCCUGCGACGGCCGAGACGAUUCUCCAUGAGUUCGCGCGGGCCGAGUCCGAGAUACUUUGUCAAUAUGCGAGGCCAUAA